CUGAGGGUCCGGCCGCAGCGCGCAGCGGAGCCCAUGGAGCCCGGCGGCGGCAAGCGGCAGCGGGACGGAGCAGGCAGAGGCCCGAUCGUCGUGAAGAAGACGCACACAUCGCAAAUAGAAGUGAUCCCGUGUAAGAUCUGCGGGGACAAAUCAUCAGGGAUUCACUAUGGGGUCAUCACCUGUGAAGGCUGCAAGGGGUUUUUCCGCAGAAGCCAGCAGGGCAACGUGACGUACUCCUGCACCCGCCAGCAGAACUGCCAGAUCGACCGGACCAGCCGCAACCGCUGCCAGCACUGCCGGCUGCAGAAAUGCCUCAGCCUGGGGAUGUCCCGAGAUGCUGUCAAGUUUGGCCGCAUGUCCAAGAAGCAGCGCGACAGCCUCCACGCCGAGGUGCAGAAGCAGCUGCAGCAGCAGCAACAGCAGCAGCAGGAAGGCGGCGAAGCGAUGGCCCCGGCCUACUCCCUGGGCCUGGCUAACGGGCAACUCAAGCUGGCCUCUUCCCCAGACCUGCUGGAGUCCUCAGGCUGCUCCACAGCCCUCCUGAACGGACAGGCGCGGCUGAGCCAGUCUCAGGACGAGACAGUGGCUCUGGCCUACCCCAACGGACUGGCCAAGGGCCACAGCCGGCUGAGCGACAACCUGCGCGGCCCCUUUGCCAGGGACUACAGCCCCGAGCGGAUCAAGAUGGAGAGCAGGGCCAGCGUCUUCUAUGCCCUGGAGAUGCAGGCAUCGCCGGACCUCUCCCGGCUGGACAUCGGCGGGGGCAAGCGGGUCCAGGCCGGGGGCGACGUCGGGGAGACCGUUGACUUCUACACGAGUCCCAACUUCACCAGCAUCCUGGAGUCGCCCGAUUCCUCGGUGACUGAGAUCGAGCACCUGACCCAGAAUGUCCUCAAGUCCUACCGGGAGACCUGCCAGCUGCGCCUGGAAGAUCUGCAACUCCUGAGGCUGGAGACGUUCUCGUGGGAGGAAGUCAGGAGCUACCAGAAGAAGUCCAUGGAGGAGAUGUGGGAACGCUGUGCCUGCCGCAUCACGGAAGCCAUCCAGUACGUGGUGGAGUUUGCCAAGCGGAUGGGCGGCUUCAUGGAGCUGUGCCAAAACGACCAGAUCGUGCUUCUGAAAGCAGGCGCCAUGGAAGUGGUUCUGGUGCGAAUGUGCCGUGCCUUUAAUUCGGAGAACAGGACAGUCUUCUUCGAGGGCAAAUAUGCAGGCCCAGAGCUCUUCAAAUCGCUUGGGUGCAACGAGCUGAUCAGCUCCAUCUUCGACUUCGCUCACAGCCUGUGCUCGCUGCACUUCUCCGAAAACGAGAUUGCCCUCUUCACCGCCUUGGUGCUCAUCAACUCAAAUCGGCCAUGGCUGCAGGAGAAGGGCAAGGUGGAGAGGCUACAGAAUAACCUGGAACUGGCCUUUAAACACAUGUUACGGAAAACCCACCGGGAAGGCAUCCUGGCCAAGCUACCGCCCAAAGGGAAGCUGCGCAGUCUGUGUUACCAGCAUGUGGAGAAGCUGCGGUCCUUCCGGCAGAUGUACCCCAUCAUCGUCCACGCCCUGUUCCCCCCGCUCUACAAAGAGCUGUUCAGCUCCGAGUGCGAGCUCCAGGGAGCGGCGGCAGAAUGAUCCCCAUGGGAGGCCUGUGCCCAGAGACCAACUCCCAUCUCGCGCCGGUCUGUCGCCCCCCACCACCCUGGGAUGGGAGGUAGCGGGGAGUGGGGAGGGUUGGACCAAAUUAGAACCUGCUCCCUCCCAUCCCCUCCCAAACAGCACAGCCGAGGGGUGUGGUGCAGGAGAGGGUGUGGCCAAGUGAUCAGAGCCGACAGCUGGCAGCCAGGACUCCUGGGUUCCAUGCCCGCCUCUGCCACAACCUGAGCAAGUCACUGCCCCUUUCUCUGGGCCUUGUUCCUCUCUCUUUAAUGCAGGGGGUAGGGAGACCCCCUCCCACACACUCCAUGGAGGUGGUGGAGCGAUGCUUAAACAACCUCGUGAAGCUCUUUGAGGGUCUCAGCUGGCAGGUGCUACCGAGGCACAAAGUAUUACUGGUGAGACGCCCUGAGCCGAGACCCCAGAGGGGCUGAGAUCAAGGAGCUCGCUAGCUUUUGCUGUAACAUAUUCAGGGCCAAGGAAAAUACACUGCCCACCAUAUUACUCCAGUGACUAGAAUCUAGAGACUGGCUCGGGUAGUUCAAAUACCUCAUUUUUCAUUUUUUAUUUUUAUUUGUUUUGGUCUCCUUACAGAUUUGUGGCAGGAGAAUUUUUAACCAAGCUGUUUUAAGAUAAUAAUUGUACAUAAUAUAGAGAUCUAUUUUUAAACGUUUGCCUUUAGGUCUAUCCUGCAGCACCAGGGGACCAGCCCCCACCCGCCCAAGCUCCUGUAUUUCUUAUAGCUUGGUAGAAAGUUUGCUGCACACUCUGCUGCCCCCUGCUGGAAAGAAUCCCCAUCCCCAUGAAAUUCUCAGGGUUUCAAACCCAACGAUAUGGUUUUACUCAUAGUAAAAUAUAUAUAUAUAGAUAUUGUAUAAAGUUAAUAUAAUAAAAGGCUGGUUUUUAAUGUUAAGGCUAUUUUUGGAAAGCAACAGAUUCUAAUUUUCUUAAGUACGGGGCUUUUACUGAGCGGGAGCUGAUGGUUGUUUACAAGGAGAGUGAUUUUCAAAAUCGCCUUUUUCUAAAAGAGCUUUUGCAAACCAGUAAAACGAUUCCGAUUGAAAAUUGCUGGGGGGUUGUACCGCUGGGAUUCGGAAGUACAGCCACUGUGACGGGAGGCCGUCUGUGGACCUCAGCCGACUCUGGAUCAAGCCAGUAGAUCAUUCAGGCACACGCCUAACCUCAAGGCCGCGGUUGGUCCCACUGAUUUCACAGGCCAUUGUCCCAUGGAUGCUGCGUGACAUCGCCGUGAAGGGACAGCACUGCUGAGAGUUUGCAGAAUCAAACCCCACGUUCCUUGUCUAGGCUCUUCCAUUGCGCACGAGCACCGUGGAGCAAACCCCAAGGAAGGGGUGUUUGGCCCCCGCCCGCUAAUGCUCACCCUGCUCGCCUGUGCCUCUGACGACGGGACACGACCCCCGGGGGCUGCAACGUAGAGUCCAGCAGCCAACGCGUUUCACUGAGAGGGCUGCAGUGAGGUCAGGGCCAGUCUACGCUGCAAGGAUUGGGGGGUGAUUGCAGAUUUAACCUUGCUAGCUCGGGUACCCAUAGCAGCCAAGGCAAAGCAGUGUGAGCAGUGACCCACAGUUCUGGAUGGGCUUGUACAGCCUGCACUGCCGUGGCGUCACUGCCCCGGUACCCCAGCCAGCUAGAGCCGUCACACCCCGGGAUUGCAGGGCAGACCCACCCAAAGGGUCUGAGUUCCAGAUCCUAGCUGUGGCUAGGGGGGUGAAGGGCAUCCCUGGGGAGAGGCAUCAGCACAGACUAGUGUAGUGCCCUAUAUUUAGUCUCUGCAUACUUGCCUCUACCU